UUAGUGAUCUCAUUGUUGAUGCCACUCAUAAUAAUAUCAGUGCCACUCCGAAUGUCAAACAGUGCAGAAGUCCAUCCAGUUACAUAAACACCGGAGUAAGAUGCUGUUUUACGCAUCGGUUGCGCUGCUGGCGUGCGUUGGUGCCUUCAGCGAUGCGCAGUACGUGAAGACUGUCAAAGGUGGACAUGGAGGAGGAGGCCAUCAGUACUACGCAGGCGACAACCUUGCCAAGUACUUCGGAAACCGCACGCAACAUGGCUAUGAACUGACUUCACCGGUGAACUAUGACGUCGGUGUGUGCUACAUUGAAGUGCCGACUGCUAGUCUGGUGAUGGAUCAAGCUCACGUACCGGCCGGGAAUGGGUCAAGACCAAACCUUAGCCGGAUCAAAUCGUGCUGCAGAGGCUACGUUAGAAACAUCCACAACUUGAGGCUCUGCGACCCGGUAUGCUCGCAGGAGUGUGUCAACGCUCUCUGCACGGCGCCGGACACUUGCACCUGUUUCCCAGACCACGUGAAGAAUGUAGCUGGAUUCUGUAUACCCACGUGCCCUAUUGGCUGUCAGAACGGACACUGCUCCGGAGGCGAAUGUAUAUGUAAAGAUGGCUACAAACUAGACGUUGAUAGCAAGUACUGUCUGCCUGAUUGUAAGGAGAACUGUGGUGGUAUUGGAAAUUGUACAGCACCUAAUACUUGUGAAUGUAAGACCGGCUACCAGGCGACAGCUCAAGGUUCGUGCAAGCCGACUUGCAAUCUCUGCAGAGACGGAGACUGCGUGGCUCCCAACGAAUGUCGAUGUCAUCAGGGCUUCGUGAAGGACGACAAAGGUCAAUGCAUACCACAGUGUGAUCAGGGUUGCGGAUCAAAUGGCCGCUGUAUUGCACCUAAUGUUUGUGCAUUUGCAGCAACUGGUUCAUCAACAAUAAGGCCCGGUGUACUUAAUCAACAUGGACAAUAUCCUAAUCAACCAGGGUAUCAUCCAGGUCAAUAUCCUGGUCAACCCGGGUAUCCAUACCAACCAGGGUAUAGGCCAGGUCAACAACAGAAUCAACCAGAUCAGAGUAACAAUCUUCCGAAUCAUACAGGCAUUCAUCCUGAUCAACAAGGACAAUAUCCUGGGCAGUCCGGUCAAUAUCCGAACCAACCAGGGUACAGGCCAGGACAACAACCAACCCAACCAGGAUACCAAAUAGGGCAACAAACGAAUCAGUCAGCCUUGUAUCCUGAUCGACCAGGUCAAUAUCCUAGUCAGCCUGGUCAAUACCCAAACCAACCAAAUCAAUACCCUAACCAACCAGGUCAAUAUCCCAAUCAACCAGGUCAAUAUCCUAGUCAGCCAGGUCAACACCCUAAUCAACCUGGUCAUUAUCCUAAUCAGCCUGGUCAAUAUCCCAGUUUGCCAGGUCAACAUCCUAAUCAGCCUGGUCAAUAUCCUGACCAAUCUAGUCAAUAUCCUACUCAGUCUAGAUUAUAUCCCAAUUUACCUGGCCAGCCUGGACAAGCAUUAAACCAAACAGAUCGUCCAAACCAGCCAGAUCAAUAUCCAUAUCAAGGAGGACAUCAUUCUACUCGACCAGAUCAACAUUCAAAUCUGCCUGACAUAAAUGGGCCCAGAGAUCACCCAAACCAGUAUCCAAAUCAACCAAACCAAUAUCCGUACCAGCCGGGAUAUCACCAAUCUAACCAGUACCCAAUAAAGCCAGGUCAAUUUCAACCUCAGCCUGGUCCUUAUCCAUUCCAACCUGGUCAAUCCCCGAAUCAAAACAUGUACACAUUUUACCCUGGUCAGGAUAACAGGUCAUUGUACCCGGACAGUCAACAUUCUCCUGACAGCGAUGUACAGGUUAUGUGCUCCGUGUCGUGUAUCAAUGGAUAUUGUGUUGAAGGGAACAGAUGUGGUUGCAAUCGAGGUUAUGUAUUGGACAGAGAAGAUCCUACGGGUACUAGGUGUAUCCCAUAUUGUCCUGGCGGCUGUCCUAACGGAGUUUGUUCUGGACCUAACUUCUGCAUCUGUAAUAUGGGCUAUUACAAAGAUCACAGUGUCAAAGGCAAAGCAGUUUGUAUCAAGCGCAUACGUUAGUUCAUGUCUCUGAUACAGAACAACAGUACGAGUAUAGGAACUUAAAAAACUGAAUACCUUUGUUA